GGUUCUUUCAACUCGCCGAUUCUUUACAAUUUUCAAUCGCAGAGUCAACCAAUUACUGAAAAAAUCAUGUAGUAAAUUUAAUUGCAGCUUGCGUUAAACAUCAUCCAACACGUUGCAGUUCAACUUGUGCACUUGAUGCUUGAAAUAUUUAUCUCUAAGAGACGCAUCAGUUUUUGCUUCCCUGCGUUAUCAUCAACUUCCUGAGCGUCCGCCAUAUGACCAUGAAUUUAAGCAAAAACAAUUCGUUUCAACGAAAUUCAUUUCAGUCAUCUCUGAAAUCCCGCUUUGGUCAGUGCAGUUCGUUGGAAAGAUUCAAUCAGCCACGCACUGGAGAUGUUCGUGCGAGGCCUGUGGAAGUACUGGCGCUCCCGAGGGAUUCACCACUUGUGCUAGGCUACAAUUGACACGGACACAACUAAUCUCUGGCGUCGGAAAGCUUUCGCGUCAAAUUCGAUAAAACAACAACAUAAGCGACAAUCCGCUGGAGAAUUGAAACAUUCACACAUCAUACACACAUGUCGCAUCAUUGCACACGUUUUAUUAGGCUUUUGUAACGCGUGGCGUCAGUGAGCUUUCAACAACACGUCGAGAAAGAACGGAAAAAAGUUGCGGUUUGUUUGAAUAUUCGCCAGUUUCGCCAUGAUGGACAACCUCAUCGAUGAUUUUUUAAUAUUCAACAAAAGCCAUCACGAGGCGUCAGUGAACAAUGACGACCUGGAUGGGCUGCUGAAACUAUUCGAGCGGCCGUCACGCGAUUUGUUCCUCGCCGACGAUUUUAACACCGCCAACGAGAUGAACUUCGACUACUGUUUGGAGAGCGAGUUCGGCUUUGAUGUCGCCAUGGCGAUGAACUUGGACACGCUCGACGACACCGGACUGUUAUUCGCCGGCGACGAACUCAACUUUGAUAACUUAUCGGAACAGGAUUUCGAUUAUUUACUGCGCGACACCUCGGACGAGAGCAGUAAUGAAUUACAACACAAUCAUGAAUCCAAUUCGAGCAGUACUACAUCAACAACACUCACAUCUCUUGCGGAGAUGUUUCCGCAUAUUGCCGAUGAGCGCAAUAAACGCAGACGAUCAUUACUCUAUGAAACAAGUCAGAAAGUGCCAAAUUCGAGCGCGAUAUUCAAUACUAACAACGCAACACCAGUACAAAGACAAAAAGUAUCGCAUGAUGCGCUUAUUAUGCAUGAUUACGCGCAGAAACGCUGCGGAGAUGAUGAUAAAUAUUUUGCGUGUCCACUGCAGGAUUGUGACAAAGUUUAUGCGAAAUCAUCGCAUUUGAAGGCGCAUCUACGUCGACACUCAGGCGAAAAGCCGUUUGCGUGCAACUGGCCAAACUGCGAGUGGAAAUUCUCGCGGUCAGACGAAUUAGCACGACACAAACGAUCGCAUUCAGGGGUAAAGCCGUAUAAAUGCGCGCUGUGUGAAAAAGCGUUUGCACGGUCGGACCACCUCGCUAAGCACGACAAGGUACAUCGCAAGAAAAUGGCACAGUACGGAUCGUAUGUGAUUAAAAAGCGAUUACGAAACAACCCACAUCCGCAAGAUUAAUUAUGCUGUUAAAGAUAAACUACGAAAAUGAUCGAUGUAUAAAUAUAACGCCAAUGAGAAUAAAAUUAUAGCCCGUAAUAAUAAAUUCUAAGAUGCCAAAUUAAA